ACAUUGGAGAAGAAGCUGGGAGAUCUGUAGGAGUCCAGCAGCCAGCUUUACUGAGAGACAGGAGCCUUGGUUCUGCCAUGAAAGACUGCCCAUAUUGUGGAAAAACUUUCAGAACAUCACAUCACUUAAAGGUCCACUUGAGAAUACAUACAGGUGAGAAGCCUUACAAGUGUCCGCAUUGUGAUUAUGCUGGUACUCAGUCUGCAUCCCUCAAAUACCACUUGGAACGGCACCAUCGGGAGCGACAGAAUGGAGCAGGAUCACUCUCUGGGCAGACUGCAAGUCAAGAACACAAAGAUGAGACAUCAAGUAAAAGUUCUGUGUUUAUUAGACCAGACAUAUUGAGAGGAGCCUUCAAGGGGCUUCCUGGUAUCGAUUUCCGAAGUGGCAUGGUCUCGCAGCAGUGGACAUCAGGAAUGCUGUCUUCUGGAGAUCAGCAAGGGCAAGCAGCUGGCAUGUCAUCUGAAGUAUCUUCAGAAAAUAUGAAGGGUUCAGACAUAUCUUCCAAAGGAACACACUACUCUGAACUUGGCCGUGCUUACCAGAACAUCGUUGGGAACGGUGUGAACUUUCAAGGGUCUUUGCAAGCUUUCAUGGACAGCUUUGUCCUAAGUUCUUUGAAGAAAGAAAAAGAAAUGAAGGAUAAAGCUCUCUCAGAUCCACUUUCAGCAAAAGGUCUAGGCUCAGAUGGUGGCGAGGAAAAGAUAAAUAACAAGUCCUCACAACGAAAACCAGAAAAGUCACAAUACGAACCUCUUGACUUAUCUGUAAGGCCAGAUGCAGCCUCACUCCCAGGUUCAUCUGUUACUGUGCAAGACAAUAUUGCUUGGCAUGGCUGCUUAUUUUGUUCCUUUACAACUUCUUCUAUGGAACUAAUGGCUCUGCACCUCCAGGCCAAUCACCUGGGCAAGGCUAAACGUAAAGACAACAUCAUAGGCAACAACAAAGACCAAUCUAGAGAAGUUUCAGCCUCUGUCAAUAAAGUGAGUUUGCUCCCCUCUUCUGUGCAGUCCAGCAAGGAGGCAGUAGUUUCAAACAUGCUGAGCCAGCUGGACUCAGCUUCUGAGAAAUUGACCCAAGGACAAAAUAAAGAGACCCUGGGAGAGCAAAAGAGCACUGCCUGGCCCAGCCACAUGGAAUCCACUUUUUGUAAUUUUACAACAGACUUCUAUAAGCAGUUUGGUGUUUAUCCUGGUGUUAUUGGCACAGGAACACAAAAUUCUUGCACCAGUAAUGAAUCUGAAAUAAAAACACAAUCCGAAGAUGACCCAAAUAUUCUGCUCUCUGACUCUGUAAAUAAAAGCGCUACUGAUGACCUUUCUGACAUAGCUUCAUCUGAGGAUAUGGAAUCUUCCAAGGAAGAAAACAUUGAAGAUGAGGACAUUGACACAGAACCAGAUAUAAUGAAUAAGCAGUUGUCUGCCCUAAAUAAAGAAAUCAGUGAAGGAGGCGACAAUAUACAAAGUGCAGUCACCUCACAACCAACACAAGGGCUCGUAUCACCACUGCCACAAGCAUCAGAAAAGCAGUGGCACAGUCAGAAUCUUCUAUCCUCCCAUGAAACUGCACAAGGAGUGAUGAAACCUGAACAAGUUCAGGGUCCGCAGGUCCUGGAGAAGCAGAUGAACAUGUUGUCAGUCCUAAGAGCUUACAGCUCUGAUGGCUUAGCAGCCUUUAAUGGACUUGCAAGUAGCACAGCAACUAGUGGAUGUAUCAAGAGACCUGACUUGUGUGUUUCUAAGACAUGCCUUUCCUUGCUGCUUGGCAGCCAGUAG